CCUCACUGGAGGUGCUGAACUCCACCUGGACACUCCUCCCUGAUACCAUCCCUCCUGCCGGAAUCAACAUGGCAGCCCAGAACAGAAACACUAGCUUUGCACCUGACUUGAAUCCACCUCAAGAUCACGUCCCCUCGCUCCCCUUCAACUUCAAUUACAGUGAUUAUGACCUCCCCCUGGAUGACGAUGAGGACAUGACCAAGACACAGACCUUCUUUGCAGCCAAGAUUGUCAUUGGCGUGGCACUGGCAGGGAUCAUGCUAGUCUGUGGCAUUGGCAACUUUGUCUUCAUUGCUGCCCUCGCCCGCUACAAGAAGCUGCGCAACCUUACCAACCUCCUCAUUGCUAACUUGGCCAUCUCUGACUUUCUGGUGGCAAUCGUCUGCUGCCCCUUUGAGAUGGACUAUUACGUGGUUCGCCAGCUUUCCUGGGAGCAUGGUCACGUGCUUUGUGCCUCUGUCAACUACCUUCGUACGGUCUCUCUUUAUGUCUCCACCAAUGCCCUGCUGGCCAUCGCUAUUGACAGAUACCUGGCCAUUGUCCACCCCUUGAAACCACGGAUGAAUUAUCAGACUGCUUCCUUCCUUAUCGCUUUGGUCUGGAUGGUCUCCAUCCUCAUUGCCAUCCCAUCCGCCUAUUUCACCACUGAAACCAUCCUCGUUAUUGUCAAGAAUCAGGAAAAGAUCUUCUGUGGCCAGAUCUGGCCGGUGGACCAGCAGCUCUACUACAAAUCCUAUUUCCUCUUUGUCUUUGGCCUUGAGUUUGUGGGCCCGGUUGUCACCAUGACCCUGUGCUAUGCCAGGAUCUCCCAGGAGCUCUGGUUCAAGGCCGUACCUGGAUUCCAGACCGAGCAGAUCCGCAAGCGGCUGCGCUGCCGCCGCAAGACAGUACUGUUGCUCAUGGGUAUCCUCACGGCCUACGUGCUGUGCUGGGCGCCUUUCUACGGCUUUACCAUCGUACGAGACUUCUUCCCUACUGUGUUUGUGAAGGAGAAGCACUACCUCACUGCCUUCUAUGUCGUUGAGUGCAUCGCCAUGAGCAACAGCAUGAUCAACACCAUCUGUUUCGUGACGGUCAAGAACAACACCAUGAAGUACUUCAAGAAGAUGCUGCUGCUGCACUGGCGACCCUCUCGCUAUGGCAGCAAGUCCAGUGCUGACCUGGACCUCAAAACCAGUGGGGUUCCUGCCACAGAAGAGGUGGAUUGUAUCCGGCUAAAGUAGCCUGCUGGUGAAGUCCACGGAAAGACAAAUUCGAUAGUAUAUCGCACACCAUCAACAACUCAUGAGCUGCAUGGGAAAAGACAACUGUGUUCAUGUCCUCCUACCAAAUUUGUCUGGAUGCUUCUACGUCCUAACAUAUAGCACAACUGAAAUCUGUGUAACACCUUAAGAGACUAGACACAAAUGGCAGCAAGUGGCGGGAACUGAACACCUUCUGUCUGCAAGCCACACCAAGAGAUUAUUCAAGGACAGGAGCUGACAUUUGCUAACUAUAUGCUGUAUG